CAACAACAAGGCUAGAAUGGUGACAUUAACAUUUUACUAAAAGGCUUAGAGAACCAACUAAGAUAACUACCAACUACACAAUGAAUGCCACAGAACACCAUGGGUUGAUCUCUGUGAGCUAUAGCAGGAACUCCAGCACUGCUGGGAGUCUGGUAUCCUUCAACAAAGACUCAGAGAGCAUUGGUCUCAAUGACUCUUCGACAGGAUGUUACGACCAGCUCCUCAUCUCCACCGAGGUCUUCCUCACGCUGGGGAUUGUCAGUUUAUUAGAGAACAUCCUGGUGAUUGUCGCUAUCAUCAAGAACAAGAACCUCCACUCUCCCAUGUACUUCUUCAUCUGUUCUCUGGCUGUGGCUGACAUGCUGGUCAGCGUCUCCAAUGCCUCCGAGACGAUCGUCAUAGCCCUGAUCAACAGCGGCAACCUGAGCAUCUCUGGGUCGCUGAUAAAAAGCAUGGACAACGUGUUUGACUCCAUGAUCUGUAGCUCACUGCUGGCGUCGAUCUGUAGUCUCUUGGCAAUCGCCAUAGACCGCUACAUCACCAUAUUCUACGCACUGCACUACCAUAACAUUGUGACGGUUAAAAGAGCGCUGGCGGUGAUCUCCCUCAUAUGGUUGUGUUGCGUGGCGUCGGGCGUCCUCUUCAUCAUCUACUCUGAGAGCACCACUGUCCUCAUCUGCCUUAUCACCAUGUUCUUCACCAUGCUGGCACUUAUGGCCUCGCUCUACAUCCACAUGUUCCUCCUAGCCCGGCUACACAUGAAGAGGAUUGCCAUGCUGCCUGGGAACGCGCCCAUCCGCCAGCAUGCCAACAUGAAGGGCGCCAUCACCCUCACCAUUCUCCUAGGUGUGUUCAUAGUGUGCUGGGCUCCCUUCUUCCUCCACCUCAUCCUCAUUAUCGCCUGCCCCAGGAAUCCCUACUGUGCCUGCUUCAUGUCGCACUUCAACAUGUACCUCAUCCUCAUCAUGUGUAACUCGGUCAUCGACCCUCUCAUCUACGCACUCCGUAGCCAGGAGAUGAGGAAGACCUUCAAGGAGAUCUUCUGCUGGUAUAGCUUGCCAAACCUGUGUGUGUGUGAGCUCCCCGGGAAAUAGUGCCCCUUUGAACAGCUGACAACUGCUUAGGUGGCAUCUGCCUUUGUCUCCUC